CUAGACGAUGAUGUAAGCAAAUGUACGGGUAUUGUUGACGUAUUCAAUACUUGUCAUAUCGCGUGAUGUUCUAGAAACUUCUAAACCAGAUCAGAAGGGCGUCGUUAGCCAUUUUAAACAUAGUUAACAUUUGCGCUGGAUGCUUUUGUCUCAGAAAAUUUUUAACAGUUUAUUUGAAAAAAACUAUUAAAUUACUACUUAUACAAGAAAGUUAUCUGUUACUUCUUGUUCGUCUUUGAAGUAAAAGUCUAGGGAAAAGUUUAUCUCCUGAAGACAGGGACUAUGUGUUGACAACUGCUUUUCCGAGUUAUCAUCGACGUAAAUGUUCGCCUUAUCUAUGGGGUACUCUCUGAGCAGUUAUUGAAGUGAUCAUUUCUGUACGAAUGAAAAUCAACUACGAAGAAGUGUUUGCUUUAAAAAAGCUGGCAUGGAUUUGAUGAAGUGUAUAUAGGAGCUGCUAUGAAAUAAGUUUCAAGAGAUUAAAUUACGUAGUAGUUGUGCAUUUGUAUUACUGGAUUAAAGCUUAGCAGGAUCUUAAGCAAUUGAAGGCAUUUGUGUGGCCUAUGGAUUCCUAACGAGCAUCAAACAUUCUCUAAAUUAAGUGUUCAUUCACUGGAAAAUUUAGUGUUUAUUCACUGGUUGUAUAAAAACUUCUAACAAAAUAUGGAUCGAAGUAACAAAAAAAGAAUUGCACGUAUAGGGCAUAUUACUUCAAAAGACAAGAUUAAUCCAAUGAAUUGCCUUGUGGCUGAUAUUAUGAGAAAAAUGGAUGCUAGUGUGACGGAUUCAGAAUGCUUUAAAACUUUUGGUUCUUCAACUUACAGAACGGAAACAGAUCAAAGUAAUCUUCAAAUACCUUCUGCUAUCUCCACUCAUCCGAACAUAGCACCGCAGCAACAAAAGAAAUUCCUGCCUACCAAACGUCAUCCUCUCAUGGAAAAAGCUCAAAAAAGCAAAAACUAUAUAAAACAUAAUCGGAGUAUUCCUAAGCCAAGGGCUCAUCUUGGUGGGUUAGAGGAUCCAGUCCAAAGUAAAAGAAAAAUUGAUGUCAAAAGAAACUUCUCUUCCACCCAUUUGGAGGAAAAGAGGAAACCAAGUGAUAUAUCUACUAAAAGUCAGCACAGCAAAUCAAACAAUACUAACAUUGCCCAUUCCAAUAAAAGAGUUAGUGGUAUAAGCUCUAAAUCGCCAAUUCUAAGUUCAGAUUCUGAACUUGAGUCUUUCACUCAGGCUCAAAAGCUUGACACAGAUUCUGAAUUUGAGUCAUUCAUUCAGGCUCAAAAACUUGACACAGAUUCUGAAUCUGAAUUUGAGUCAUUCAUUCAGGCUCAAAAACUUGACACAGAGUGGGGUGAACAAAAUUCCACAAAAACUAAGAAGAAAAGCAAACUUACAAAUGAUGGUAGAAAACGCAAAAAAUUAAGUAAAAAGAAGUAUACUAAAAAUAAAAGAAUGAAGUCUGUAGAACUUGAAAAUGAAGAUAAUAAUUCACUUCCUUCCCCUAGUAUAUCUAGUAAAAUUACAACUACAAAUAGGCUGACGUUACCAGAAACAAGUGAUAGUUCAGUAUAUUCUGCUGAUGAAAGUAAAUCAACUAACAGCCUCUUCGAAGCAGAAAAGACUUCAUCUGUACCUUCUUUUGAAAAAGAGAAUAGAAUCGAGUCAUGUAGACAAAUCGAUACGGAUAGUUCUAUGUGCACUGUUCGAAUUGAAAGAAACCCACUUUUAGAUGAAGUGUUUGAAUUGCAUCCUCCAUUAAAAGACAUUAAAAAUUAUGAGUUCUCUUCACAGCCCGAAGAAAGUAAAAAAAUAGAUUUGACUGAAUGUACAGAAAAAACUGCAGUAGAAUCUGAUGAUGAUUGUUUGAUUGUGUGUGAAUUACCAAACUCUAAUAAUCAUUUUGAUAUUUGUGCUACUGAAGGAGUUAACACAGUAUCAGAUAUACAAAUUUUAAAUGUAAUUUCAAUGGGACAAAAUGAAAAAGCUAUCGAUAUGAAUGAGGAAAAUACAGAUUCAGCAACUCAGAGUACCUCUCUUGGUGAAAAUUCACGUGGAGAUAACUUGGAAAGUUCAAAGGGGGUUAUUGAUCAAGGGUCAAAUUUCUCUACUCUUACGGACGAAACUUUCAUUACUGAAUUGAAUGAUACAAAUUUUUCUGCAAAUAUAACUGAGGAUAGAUUCCAGGUCGUUACUGAUUGCAAUAGUAAUGAAAAAUCCUGUCCACCCGUGUCUUCAAACAUAUUGGAUGCUUUCAACAAAAUAGACUUAAAACAAGUUUUGUUGCUUGCAAGCAAUGCUGAUAACAAAAGUUCGUCUGAAAUAAAACUUUUUGACUCAUUACCUUGUUCAUCAUCAUGCACAGAUUUGCCAUCAAAGAAUCCUGAAAUUAUAACUGAAAGUCAUUGGCUGAAUUUAAAGAAAGCUGUUAACAUGAAUAACUGUUCCACCAAUGAACUAUUACCUGCCGUUGUAGAGCAAUUGAAAGAUGGCCGAGUGGAUUUCAAUCAUUUAAGAUCUGAAAACAUCACAAAAUGUAUAGAUAAUGUGAGGGCACCUUCAAAAGAACCUGCCAUUGUUUCAGACUGUAACAUAUCUGCAGCAUCUCUAAAGGAGAUCAUUACAGUUGCUGAGCAGCUUACAAGAGCACGUGGGAGAAACAUUCUUCCAGAUAAAGAUACUCGUGGGUUUCAAUUGAAAACAGACUCUUAUGAAGAUCCUUGUGAUGAACUAGAUGAUUUUGUGACAGCUAGCAUCCGAGAAUUCUGGCCGAAGGAAAGUCCCCAGAAUAGCUCAAAAUUACUUCAUAUCUACAGUCAAGUUUUACAAGAGUAUAAUAAAAUAAAAAAUUCUGAAAAAUCCAUAACAUACAGUUUGAAGAUAUUACAAGAAUCUAAAGAAGCAAAAAAGAAACACCUAGAAACUGUGUUAAAACAUCUAAUGAAAUGUGAUCCAUGCUUUUACACAACUGCUAAGAGCAGCCAGGACACUGUUGUUUACAAUGACGAGACGAGUUCGGUAAAAAAUACAGAAACUGAGGAUAUUUCAUCUUAUCAAAUAAAGAGCUGUGUCAAUUGUGGAUCAAAGGCAACUAUACUAUGUGAUAAUUGCAAAAAAGUUUACUUUUGUUCAACAGAAUGCGGGGUAUUCUAUUGGGAAAACGGACACUACAAAACAUGUGAAGGACUCAAAGAUUGAAGAUAAAGGAAAAUCCUUAAAGAAUUGCAUAUAAUUAUUUCAGGAAGUUAUUUGUUUGAUUUUGUGAUUAAAGUUUCUAUUAUCUUGUU